GCGCAGCCUGCAGCCCGCGCGCCCCAAGCACCGGGCCCGCCGGAGCGCAGCGCCGAGCCCGCGCAAGGAGCGCGGCGGGCCGGACCCGGGGCGCCACCGGCCCUGCCCCGCGCCCUCGGGCGCUGCCGAGCGCCGCCGGCCCCCGGUUUCUCCUUUGUGCCCGGCCCCCGGCGGCCGCUGCGCCGGCUCCGCGGGAAUAAUGCGGGGCGUGUGGCUGGCGCUCACCGUCAGCUUCGUGGCCUGCGCCUCCGGGCAGCCGAGAACAGAUUUGACCUCUGAUAAAGAUUUGUACCUUGACAACAGCUCUGUUGAAGAAGCGUCAGGCGUCUAUCCAAUUGAUGAUGACGAUUAUUCUUCUGGGUCAGGUUCAGGUGCUGAGGAAGAUGAGGAUAGUGCAGUGAUGACAACAUCCAGAACAGUUCCAAAGCUACCAACAACUAGUGAUGCAUCCAGGGCUGAGACCACCACAGUGAAAAUGCAGACCAAGGUGCCUGCACAAACAAAGUCACCUGAAGAAAUUGAUAAAGAAGAAAGGCCUGAGAUGGACACCAAGAAAAAGAGCGAUGAGCCAGGGGAUGACACUGAUGUGUUCACUCAGAAGCAUUCAGAAAACCUCUUCCAGAGAACAGAAGUUCUGGCAGCUGUUAUUGCUGGCGGAGUUAUUGGUUUUCUUUUUGCAAUCUUCCUUAUCCUGCUGCUGGUGUAUCGCAUGAGGAAGAAGGAUGAAGGCAGUUACGACCUUGGUGAACGUAAACCAUCCUGUGCUGCCUAUCAAAAGGCACCAACUAAGGAGUUUUAUGCAUAAAAUUCCUAUUUAGUGUCUCUAUUUAUGAGAUCACUGAACUUUUUUAAAUAAAGCUUUUGCAUAGAAUAAUGAAGUUUUUUUUUUUUUCAUUAAAGAGCCGUUAUGGCACCUUUAUGAUAAAACCCCAUUGUAUUUAAAACUUUUCACAUAUUCGUUUAAAAAUGUAAAAUUAAAACUUAACAUUUGCAGUGUUCUGUGAAUAACAGUGGCAAAGCAUUAUUUUAUAAAACCAUUGAUGUUCACUGAAUGAUUUUUAAAACUUUAUGCAUAAAUAUAAAAUAAUGAAAAUUAUUGUUUUAUCCUAUGGUUCAAUGAAAGUUGUUUAAUUUUGGUCAGCAUGUCUCAGAUUGAUCUUACAAGUUAGUUUUUAUUUCAUUAAUUUAUCUGUUUCCAAAAAAUGCCUUUUUGUAGUUGUCAUGGUGCAAUUUGUCUUCAGAUAAUUCAGAUAACAGUAACUUUUAGUGUAAAUGUAAUUUUUCAGCUAUGUAAACUUCAACCUCCACUUUGUAUAAAUUUAAGUGUCAGAAUAUCAAUUUUACACUUUGCAUUGUUUCUCAGCAUACCUGUAGCUUCAGUGAGAUUUGUAACAGCAAAUUAAUGUGUAAAAUUGGAUUAUUACUACAAACUGUAUAGUCGUAUUCUUACUAAACAAAUCUCCUGUAAGGAAGAUUUGUAGUAAGCUACUGACAAACCUAAGCAAACCCAAAGACUCUAACAGUAUUUUGAGAAGUUGCUGCAGAUUUCUAUGGCCACUGUAUUUGUUAAUUAUUUGCAAUUUGAAGGUACAAGUAGAGGUUUAAAUUUUUGUUCUUUAAAAAUGCAUUUAAGUUGUAAACGUCUUUAAAGCCUUUGAAGUGCCUAUGAUUAUAUGUGACUCGUUGCAGACUGGUGUUAAUGAGUAUAUAACAGUAAAAGAAAAUGUUGGUAUUUUAUAAGCACAGACAAUUCUAAUGGUAACUUUUGUAGUCUUACAUGGAUAGACAUAAUUGUAAUUUGGGAACAUAAACACUACUGAAUAAAUCAUGUGGCCUAAUACUGAGAA